AUGCUCGGCCUCGAUUGCAUGCAGAAGACUCUGAUGACGCGAGAGCAACAGCUCUACCAGGAGGCCACAAUUGGUGUACCGAAGAAGAAGGCCAUGACGGCCAGGACCAAAUCCAACUUGUCCUUUGUGAAACAAAAUCGCCCGGAGCUCUUUAAAGCCCAAGGUGGACAAGUGCAGGAGGAUGCUCCACUUCCGUCUGGCUUCAAACCCUUGCAGGACGGAUGGCUGCACAACCCCGACACUGGGGUGUUCCUUGAACCCGGUGGUCAAAAACUGUGGUUUGACCCAGAGGCUCGGGAGUACCAAGAACUCUACGAGGGUUCAACGCUGCCACUUUGUGUUCAUGGUGGUGCAACCUCCAGCAGCUCUCGUGCCAAGCAUGUGUUCAUACCAGACUUACAUAGAACUGCGCAAGUUCUCAAGGCUGAUUUGGGACAUUUGGAUCGCCCUGCUGCCUUGCUCGCCCUGUUGGACCCAAGUGCAGUGGCACAAGCGCCUCAUGAUCGUCUCAUCCGACGCCUGGCAGCAGCUCGCAGUGAGUGGUCUGAGGAGGCCAUUUCUUCUGCGCUAGCAGGUGUGCUUUCUUCCUGCGAGGCCACUGGCAUUGCAUUGGCGUUGGUAGUGGGCCAAAGUCUAGAGGGGUGCAAAAGGGGUAGGGUGAAAUUUGAGACCGACAGGCGCCGACAGGUCGAGAAGUUCCCCCUUGCAUAUGUGUGGCUCCAGAAUUUGUUGCAAUAG